UAUUACGAGUUCUUGUAACUAACUUUUGUGGAGAGAAGAGAUGUCAAAUUGCGUUACUAACGUAAGCGCCGUGCCAAUUCUCAGUUUCUUGUCUUCAUGUCCCUGCAUUGUUUAAUCGCGUUUCUGUAUGGGUUUGUCGCAGCAACAGAAUUUCAACUGGUUCACUGGUAGUCGUGAAAUUGUGAACAGAAUACCGUUGGAAGUCUUUAAACAUUAAAAUGGUCAAAAUGUUUGUGAACAUGGGUAAGGCCCAUUUUGGUGUUCAAGAAACACCUUUUUAAUCUAAUUGGCUCGUAGAAUAUGUUGGCAUUCUUUGCGUUAUUCUGUAUUUGUGUUUAUCGACGGGAAGCAGUGGCGAGAUGUUCUGAGCUGAGUAGAAACAGGAGUUUACGAAAUUUUAAUUCGUUCUUGUGGUCAUUCUGACUUUUCGCAUUGUUGCCAAGUACUGCACAGAUUUAGGAUUAUUUGUUGGUGUAUUUAACUGAUAUGAACACAUUUAAAUGUUCGUUCCUGUCACUGCAUUGUUGUACAAUUUCCGUGUUGUGAUGCUCCAUGGACUUUUAGGGUAUUUUGCUGUGAAACAUUGUAUAGGUACUGUUUCAAGACGUAUCUUAGUGUUUCGCAUCUGCUCCUUCCAUCAUCAGGACGAUGAUAAAACUGCGAUCAGCAUUUCAAAUCUCACGUCUCCUAACUUUUAGCCUAUUUGCAUAUGUUACGGAUGAGUUACUUCAGAUGUUUCGACAACAGUGGUUGGUAUUCCGUAGCUGCGGUCUCGCAUGACGCAUGCUGCCACGACCUCAUGCAACCUUCCUCGUCCUUUCCCGGAAAGUGCCAGCGGGGACUGCCCCUGCCGUGCCUUAAGCCGCUGACCUUGCUCAUUUGGCUGGUCGUUGAGCGGCAACCUGAAUCCUGCUUGCAAACAUUCCGCAAAGAAAAUUUCUGAACCGUGUCCACGUCUGGACGCACUCGUUAGAAAGAGGCCUGAUUUAAUAAGUUCGUCUCCUCUAUGAAGAUGACUUCUGGAGUGUCGGGGCACGUAGUCUCGUAGAAAUGGACUGACGUUUCGGAGGUGCUUACUGCCUCUGUGGUUGAGACACUAAGCUCCUCUUGGAAUGUCAGUUAAUUUAUGCCUGACUGGAUUACGCGGACCUUCAGCUUCGUUGGCAUGGAGGCAUUUUAAGGGGCAGCUAAAAGUGUCGUUUGGGAGACCACCGCAUGAAUGGGGCGGUAUAAUAUUAAAAUGGGUGCUCGUAAAUCACCGUGUGAGCUGAGCUGUCUCAGAAUGCAAACCAUUUGCAGUUUUCUUUCCCGCGAGUAAUGUAACGUUCGUAAUGUUGGUACCAAACAAUGGUACGGGGGCCUCGAGUUGGCGAAUGUGUGUCAUAACAUACCGCGUGAUUCCCCAUUCCCCCCCGUCUUUUGUUUUAUUUCGUAUGCCUCGUUAAGGGCUGAUUGUUGUGCUAAUGAAACAGUUCCGUUCUUUAAACACGACAUUGUUGUAGUGUCAGUCUCACAGACGAAUGGCCUGCUAUUGUUUCGACCUAUGUUAAAUUGCGUAUUGUUGCCACUACCUCGCUGUUGGUUGAGAAUCAGGCAAUUUACGAGGAAUUUCUUUUGUUGGCGCUGUUAUCUGCCGCUUUGCUUCGACAGUACGAAACGAGAUGGCACUCGAUCUGUCUGAAAUGUUGUUACUGAUGAAUUAAGUCCACCGUUUCAGACUUCAAUGCCUUGAGAUCCAUUUUAAUCUUGGCUCGGGUAUGUUAGAGAUAACAGCAUUUACCUAAGUUGGGAGGUUUUCUGUAAAGUCCUUUUUAUUUCUGGGUUUUUCCGCGAUUGAGCAGUCUAGCGGAAGGUUUUUGCAAGAUCACAGCCACGGAAAUGCCACAUGAAUUACGCAUGUUCGGACGUGAUCAGAUUUGCGCUGUACUUCACCGGUCUUUGCGAAAAGAAUAAGAAAACAUUUGUUGCUCGACCGGUCGGCGAAUCAGAACCUGUUGCUCAGGACAUGCGUGGCGGUGCUGACCCAUUUAGCGCGCACAAAGACUGCUGCAUGGUUCAUUUCUGUUGAAAAGGCCACUUAGCACGUGUUGGCAAACGAGAGAAUAAUUUGUUGUUGUCGUCGCAGUCUCAUAAGUGAGGACUGGUGGCUCUUCGUGGGACAAGACGUUGGCAGCUCGGUGCGAAAUACGGUGACGCCCGGGGACUGUCACGAAGGAGAGAGGUCAUUGUCCAGCGUAGAAUUCGAUCAGUGUCUCAGUUGGCUUUUAUAUUUUUCUGCUGUCAAAAUGACGGGCAGGCGCUGUUAAAAUAAUUUGUUUUGUUGUUCGCUGUUUUCAAGCAAAGAAAAAGUUCUGUGACACUACAUAGUUGCAACAGGGACGGUAGCGUAAUGCGUGGAUAUCAGGAAUGGGAACUCUGCUUCUUAUGAACUGUUACGAACAUUGAGGUGUGAAGAAUCCGCAAGCUUUUCAUCAUGAUUGACCCAUAUUCGACUGACGUCCUGUGGGUUGUCAUCGUGGGUUUCAUAAUAGCCUUCAUAUUGGCAUUUGGCAUUGGAGCCAAUGAUGUCGCCAACUCAUUUGGUACUUCGGUCGGAUCAAAGGUGCUCACUGCAAAGCAGGCGUGUUGCUUGGCAACGGUGUUUGAAAUCGCCGGAUCUGUGCUGCUAGGGUACAAAGUGGCUGAUACAGUGCGUAAAGGAAUUUUGCAGGUGAAACUUUACGAAGAUGCCGAGUUCGAGCUCAUGCUCGGAAUGUUCGCGGCUUUGAUUGGCAGCUCUGUGAUGCUGCUCGGUGCAACAUUCCUGAAGCUUCCAAUAUCUGCCACCCACAGCAUCGUCGGUGCCACUCUUGGUUUCUCUCUGGUUUGCCGCGGGAAUGACGGCGUCAACUGGGGAGUCCUUGGAUUGAUUGUGGGAUCUUGGUUCCUGUCGCCGGUGCUGUCUGGUGUGAUAUCGGUGUCGCUGUUUGCUCUGGUUCGUCACUUCAUCCUCAACGCGCCUAAUCCCAUAGUACGAGGUUUACUGAGUCUGCCCAUCAUCUAUGGUGUGACUGUCUUCAUCAACGUGUUCUCCAUCGUCCAUGAUGGUCCAUCAUUGUUGUAUUUGGAUAAGAUUCCGUGGUGGGGCGCCCUGAUUCUCAGCGUCGUCAUUGCAGCAGUGACCAUAUUGGUUGUACAGCUGUUUGUCGUGCCGUUCAUGAAGAGGAAGAUCGAAGAAGCGGGAUCGACGCAAAACACGACAGGCGGUGUCACGUUUGAUGGCUUGAAGAGGACUGACAUAGUCUGUCCAGAGGCGGGCAAUGGGACGGUGACGAGUACCAGCAUCAAGAUACGACACCUGAGCGACAACUCUGAUGGCCCACUUCAAACAGAUGAGAUAAUGCUUACGCCACCCACUAACAGUGAGGAAGCUGCUGUACCUCCAGGAGCCGUGAUAACUCUUGGACAGGACAACCCAGCAUUCAGCCUCUCCUCUCAUGACAGAAUAAAAGAGCCAUCCUUGGAGGAGAAAGAGGGAUCCAAAAAAGUGGAAAAGGUUGAAAAAGAGGACCCACCAGAGGUUUUAAAGCUGUUCUCCUUCCUUCAGGUGCUCACGGCCACUUUUGCCUCAUUUGUUCAUGGCGGAAAUGAUGUCAGUAACGCCAUCGGCCCAGUGAUCGCGUUGUGGCUGAUCUACACCGAGGGAUCUGUGCAGCAGAAGGCAGAGACGCCGAUCUACAUUCUGUUUUAUGGAGGUGUUGGCAUCACUGUUGGAGUGUGGGUAUGGGGUCGUAGGGUGAUGAAGACCAUAGGUGAGGACCUUACGAAGAUCACACCUUACACAGGGUUCACGAUAGAGAUUGGGGCCGCACUUACCGUCUUACUGGCUUCAAAGAUUGGUAUGCCCAUCAGCACCACGCACUGCUUGGUCGGAUCCGUCGUGUUCGUUGGCUGGGCCAAUGCCACGAAAGAAGGGGUCGACUGGAAACUAUUCAGGAAUAUUGUUGGUGCGUGGUUGGUAACAGUGCCAGUAUCUGGUUUACUCAGUGCUGCAGUAAUUGCAAUACUAAGAGAGGUGGCACUGUGAAAUGUCAGUGGUCGUGGAGGGAGAUCUCCAUGCAUUCUAAGUGCUGACACAGUUUGCGGGGAAAAUAUGUGCUUCAGUCACUGACGACGGUGCAGCGUUUGAGGAUAUGAUAGACUCCAGUUGUCGUCUUUGUACUGACUCUACUGUUGACGUUAGAUUACGCACGAAAGGUUGUUGGGAAUAACGUCUCGAAAAACGUCCACUUGGAAGACUGAGAAGGAGAUGACGGCGUUGUAUUGCGGCCUAUCUUGCGGAAAUAGGUUGUGAUGAUGGGAAGUGGAUGGAACUGGCUCGGGAUUCCGUGCAGUGGCGGGCCUUGGUAUUAGAAACAUCGAACCGUGUGGUUCUGCCGACUCUGUGUUUGUUAUGAAUGCCAAACAAUUCAAGAAUUUGUUUUAUCUGUAAUUUAUUAUAUAAUUCUUUUAUCAGCUUAGUUUUAUGAACGACAACUUGAAUAAUGCGGCAUGUAUAGUUCUGACCUCUAAAGUCUGACAAUCAAGGAUUGCUGAGUCUUUUAGAAGUUACAACUUAUGUCCUUUGUGUAUCAUUUUGCUGUACCGUUGAUUACAGCGAACCUUCAAGAUGCCAGACUAGGGCAAGAGGUUCUGAGAACGUACGUUGAGAAUGCUUUUAUAAAAUGUUACAGGAGGUGAUACGUCCUUUUUCCUCUGAAACUAUUCAGUGGAUGCUUUCUUGUUGUGGAAUUAUACUAAAUGUUAACAAUACAAGUAAUACACUUAAUUAUUAUUUUUCUUACACUUCGCUUAAUGUGCGCGUGUUACAAAUUAAAGACGCGUAUUGCACCGUGUACCGUUUCUCUGCAGAAUUAGGAAUUUUGUAGAAUUUUAUUUCAAAUUAAUUUAACAUAACGGUUAACCGCGUAUCAGUGCGGACAAAACUGGAAUUCGCUUGCCAGUUGUGAAUACAAAUCGAAAAUACAGGAUGAGUUCUGGUGACGUGAUACAGAGAAGAUAAAAGCAUGAAGAAUUAAUACCAGAAUUUUUAGGUAACCCUUGCCAUCUGCGCACCAAGUGGUGAAGUUAAGCGCGUGCUUGCUUCAUAAUUUGUACUGGCUCGGGGUCUGCGAAUAAGAACGGUGCGUCACUUCAUGUGAAGGUAGGAGCGUGGUUUCUUUUGAAAUUACUUUAAUUACAGGGAAUUAAUUUGUUUUAAAAUACAGAACUAUGCCAUGGAAAUAAAGUACAUAGUUCGUAACAUGUCUUGACAUUUCUUAAGAUAAUUUUUUCCGUGUAACAUGUGUAAUUACGAAAAUAAAAGAGGUGAUUAACACUUUUUGAGGCAAAACGAAAAGUGUAUAAAC